AUGACCAAAUGUGCGGUCCACGGAACGGGGCACGGCUCAGAUCAUGUUACUAUUGAGACUGUUUUUGAUGCGCCUUGGAUAGCUCCAACGCAGACAGACAGACUGCUGCUCAAGAAUGCACCGUGGAAAGAGAUCAAUGCCAGAAUCGCGAGCACGCUAACUGCUACUCCGGUGGAAGGUUCCGUGCAGCAGAAGACCGAUCGGCUGAUGUACGCGGUGUCGGAAGCGACGGCGGACUUAACGCAACUUCGUCAAAUAUACACAUAUUGGAGAAACCACGCCCGCGCAGAGCGACGGGCAGGGCGUAAGGUGCCACAGCUGGAGGACAUGGCCGCAAGUGCCGCGAAGCAAUACCAUGACGCGAUUCGGAAACAAAAGAAGAAACACUGGAACGAGUUUCUGGCUGACAACGACAAUAUCUGGAAAGCUGCCAAGUAUCUGAAAUCAGGGGAAGACGCAGCCUUCGGAAAGGUACCGCAGCUCGUCAAAGCAGAUGGAACGGUUACCACCGAUCAUGGGGAGCAGGCGGAAGAACUACUGACUAAAUUCUUCCCACCGCUGCCGGGCAGCAUUGACGACGAGGGAACCAGACCACAAAGAGCACCGGUGGAGAUGCCGACCAUUACCAUGGAAGAGGUGGAGCGGCAGUUGCUGGCAACGAAGUCAUGGAAGGCGCCAGGUGAGGAUGGCCUACCGGCCAUAGUGUGGAAGAUGACCUGGCCCACGGUCAAACACCGGGUCCGUGAUCUUUUCCAGGCGUCAUUGGAAGAAGGCACGCUGCCGAAACAGUGGCGACACGCAAAGAUCAUUCCGCUGAGAAAACCAAACAAGGAAGGCUACACCAUUGCCAAGGCAUGGAGGCCGAUCUCACUGCUCGCCACAUUAGGCAAGAUCCUGGAGUCAGUGGUGGCAGAAAGGAUCUCGCACGCAGUGGAGACCCACGGCCUGCUCCUACAGGAGCAAAUCUACGCAGCGUGGCGAGGACGACGGGUGCUGAGCCUGAUCAGCUUUGAUGUCAAGGGGGCCUACAAUGGGGUCUGUAAGAAACGAUUGAUCCAGAGGAUGAAGGCGCGAGGUAUACCGGAAGUUCUGCUUCGGUGGAUUGAAGCGUUCUGCUCGGGACGAACGGCGGCCAUCCAGAUCAAUGGGCAGCUGUCGGAGGUUCAGGACCUGCCACAGCCUGGACUGCCUCAGGGCUCGCCCCUGUCUCCGAUUCUCUUCCUCUUCUUCAACGCCGACCUCGUGCAGAGACCGAUCGACGGCCAAGGAGGAGCACUUGCCUUCGUGGAUGACUUCACCGCGUGGGUAACAGGGCCAACCGUACAGAGUAACCGGGAAGGUAUCGCAACAAUCAUCAAUGACGCGCUCGAUUGGGAAAGGAGGAGCGGCGCAACCUUUGAAGCAGACAGAACAGCUAUUAUACAUUUCGCACCCAAGGCUCGCAAAGUCGACCAAGAACCGUUCACUGUCAAGGGACAGACGGUCGAGCCUAAAAACAAGGUCAAAAUCCUGGGGGUCCUGAUGGACACGCGACUGAAGUACAAGGAGCAUAUUGCAAGGGCAGCAUCUAAGGGCCUGGAGGCCGCGAUGGAACUACGACGGCUCCGAGGCCUCUCCCCAGCGACAGCGCGGCAGUUGUUCUCGUUGACAGUAGCUCCAGUGGUGGACUAUACCUCGAACGUCUGGAUGCAUGCCUUUAAGAAUCAAAACAUGGGACCGAUCAACCGAGUGCAAAGGGUAGGAGCACAAGCAAUUGUAGGAACAUUCCUCACAGUUGCGACCAGCGUAGCGGAGGCCGAGGCCUACAUUGCCACGGCACGACACCGAUUCUGGAGACGAGCCGUGAAGAUGUGGGCAGACAUCCACACGCUACCAGAGACCAAUCCUCUUCGCAGAAACACAGAUCGGAUCCGGAAGUUCAGGAGAUACCACCGCUCACCACUAUAUCAAGUAACGGACGCGCUGAAAAACAUCGACAUGGAAUCACUGGAAACCAUCAACCCGUUUACUCUGGCACCAUGGGAAGCACGCGUGCAGACUGAUGAUGAGCCUGUCUCAGAUGGGUCAACUGUACCAGGCGGAUCAAUGCAGAUCGCGUUCAGCAGCUCGGCGCGGAAUGAGCUGGUUGGGUUUGGUGUGGCGAUCGAGAAACAACCACCACGCUAUCGGAAAGUGAGACUGAAGACCUUGUCCGUUACGUUGAGUGUGAGAACAGAGCAAAAUCCAUUUUCCGCGGAGCUGGCGGCAAUGGCGCAUACACUGAAGACAUUCGUGGGAUUGAAAGACUUUAGGAUCACACUGAUCACGAGCAACAAAGCGGCGGCUCUUACGUUGAAGAACCCGCGACAAGAGUCGGGUCAGGAAUUUGUCUGCCAAAUCUACAAGCUGAUGAGAAGACUGCAGAAGCAUGGAAAUCAGAUCAGCGUCCGGUGGAUCCCCACUAGCGAAGACAACAAACUACUAGGGCUGGCGAAAGAGCAGGCGAGAGCCGCGACGAAAGAAGAUGCCAUCCUGCAAGGACAGGUCCCCAAAAUGAAAUCGACCACUCUAAAGAUUGCGCGUGCCCAAGCAGUCCCCAAUAGCGAGUUGCCCGAGAAUGUAGGGAGACACUCCCGACGAGUGGACACAGCACUCCCAGGAAAACACACGCGACAGCUGUAUGACCGAUUAUCGUGGAAAGAGGCGAGCGUGCUAGCCCAGCUCCGCACGGGCAUGGCAAGACUCAAUGGAUAUCUCUUUCGGAUCAAUGCCGCCGAGACAGAUCAAUGCGCAUGUGGACAAGCAAGAGAAACUGUGGAUCACUUUCUGUUUCGAUGUCGGAAAUGGACCGCACACCGGAUAGAAAUGCUGCAAUGUACCCACACUCACCGAGGUAACAUGUCCUUCUUCUUGGGAGGGAAGUCACCCGCCGACGAUCAAAAGUGGAAGCCGAAUUUGGAAGCAGUGCGAGCCUCAAUACGCUUUGCGAUCGCUACGGGCCGACUCGAGGCCACCUAG